ACCGUGAGGUUCUUCCCUUGUCCAGCCAAUCACAAGUCUCCACCUCUCUGAGCCAAUCAGAGUCGGUGUGUGUCCGCAGACCCACCCACGAGCCCCGUGUUCGUGUUUGUGAGUUUGUGAGUGUGAGCACGAUCUCGACCUGUCGCGUGGAAACUGAGGUCAUUUCUUCUUCUGUCAGGGGAAAUGUCGAAUCCCGGCUUCGGAGGAAACGUCGCGUCGGAUCCACUCUAUGGAUAUUUUGCAGCUGUUGCAGGACAGGAUGGACAGAUCUCGGCAGACGAGCUGCAGCGCUGCCUCACAGGGUCCGGCAUCUCUGGCUCAUAUCAGCCCUUCAGCCUGGAGACCUGCCGACUGAUGAUCAGCAUGCUGGAUAGGGACAUGUCCGGCACCAUGGGCUUUGCUGAGUUCAAGGAGCUGUGGCAGUCUCUGAACCAAUGGAAGACUACCUUUGUAUCGUACGACCAGGACCGCAGUGGAACAGUGGAGGGCCACGAGCUGCAGAAGGCCAUUGCCAACUUUGGUUACAGUUUGAGCCCUCAGGCCCUGAACAUCAUCAUGAAACGCUACAGCUUGAACGGCAGGAUCAGCUUUGACGAGUUUCUGAGCUGCUGCAUCAGACUGCGGAUCCUGACUGAUCAGUUCAGGAGAAGAGACACGGCCCAACGUGGCAGCGCCUCGUUUCAGUACGAUGAGUUCAUCCAGGUCACCAUGAGUGUUUGAAGAGGAAACAUUAAUUAACAGCACGUGAUCUUUAUAUGACUUAUACUUUUUAUCACAUCUCUUGUACUCACUGUAACAUUCCUUUUCAUGAUGAACGGGACACUCGUCUGGCUGUCACCCUUCCUUCUGUGUAAUGUAUGAAGUAAAUAAACAUGUAGCGUCUCCA